AAAUAAGGUUACGUUGGAUAUAAUUUUUUGUUAUGAAUAAGUGUGCUUGAGCUUAGAAUGACAAACGAAAAGAUAGAAAGGAGUAUGAAUGAAAGUGUGUGUGCCACAAAACAAAGUAAUAAAGGAUAAAAUGGGGGGUUUCCUAUUUUCCUAUCCACAAACAUAUGUGCAACAACACUAGUCACUUCACAUUCCACGCAGAUAUCUCAACAAAACCAUGCAUUCUUCCGCCCGCCUCUUUUACCACAAUCUCAUACCACCUAAACCCCCCUCCGCCUCCGCCUUCGCCUCCGCCUCCGCAUCUCCUCCCAAUCCCAAUCCUAAUCCCCUUCUCCGCCGCGAUUUUCUCUCCUCGUCCUUGUUCCUACUCGCCGCCGAUCCACUCAGAGCCGAAACUACUGUGACUGAUGAGCCUUCAAUUUCCACCUGCACUCAGCCCGCGCCAACCAAGCAGGCAUUUCUCGAUAUCUCCAUCGACGGCCAGCCUAUCGGCAGGAUCGUCGUCGGACUCUACGCCGACGCCGUCCCCGCCGGCUCCACUAGAUUCGCCGAGCUCGUGAGCGGCGCGGCGGGCGUCAGCUACCGCAGGAAGGAGUUCGUGAAGAUCAUGCCCGGGUACGUGCAGCACGGCGGCCUCAGAUCGUACGGCGUAGAUGCGGAGAUGGCGAGGAAAACUGGCGGGAAAAUGGGGGCGGACGAUCUGAUGCGUGAGUGGGAGGAACAGAGCGAGAGGUGUGCGGGGACGAAGAACGUGGGGAGGAGCGUGAGUAUAAUCGUGAGGGAUCCGUCGAAGCCGCCGCCAAAGGUGAAGCUGGUGGCGCGGAAGGGGAAGCUGGAGAUUGAUGAGGAGGAGGUGGGGAAGGAUCCGAACGGGACGGAGUUUGCGAUCGCGGUUAAGGACUCGCCGGAGCUGGACGCGGCGGCGUUGGUGGUGGGGAGAGUGGUGGAGGGGAUGGAUGUGGUGGAGAGGAUUGAGGGAGUCAAGACUGUGCAGGAUAAUACUACUUCCCCAUACUUCAGGGUGGCAAAGCUGAUAGGAGACAAGAGGGCUGUAGUAGCAGAAAGAGGGUUCAACAGACCUUACUCUAAGAUUGUCGUCACCAAUUGCGGACUCAUUGGAUGAUGACUGCAUCAUUCAUUUUCUCAAUGUCGGAGUUUUAUUUGGGGAUAAUCAUAAACCAAUGCUAUCGAUUCCUUCAACUUCUAUA